AGUAUCGGAUCUAGCUGAGGACUAAUCCCAACUGAAAAUAGAGCAUAUAACCAAAUUGAACAAGCCAGGGAUAGUCGCAUCACAACAAUGCCGCUGCUACCGUGCUAUGCCCAUUACUGCAGGAGCUCUCGAGAUGGACGACAGGAUUUCCAGAAAAGAUCGGAUUAGUCGACGUUUCACUGUUUGAACGAAAAGGGUUGGUGGAAGAAGAGAUCGGAGAUCAGCCUAAAGCUGACGCUUUGGGAACAUUGCUGGGAGAGAAAUGACACCUUCACCAUGCCAGCGGUGUUUGGAGGUCGUGCUGCCUGCGUACGCUUUGACGAACACUGGUUGCAAGGGAACUGGGUUUUUUUUUCGCAUACGAUCCAUGUAUCACAAGACGGCCACCUUUUAUGUAUUGGUAGACUCGCCAUUGACAAAACGAACGGGGGUGCCGUGCCUGAAUUGGGCAGAAAGACUGGUUUGAGAAGUUGGCAGCUGACUGUACGAGAUUUCAAAUGUUCUUAUGACUUUGAAUUGUCGAAAAAGGAUCCGCAAAGAGCUGUAGGGGACCCCAGCAGCGAUGCACCAUCCCCCACAAACAUGGAGAACAUAACUACCUGGUCCACCAAGGCUUUGGCUCUUCGGGUCUUUGAGAAACACACGCUAGAUCGUAUGGAUCCGAAGAUAAAGCGUCGCGAAAUGCUCGAGUACGUCGCAAUUGGCCCGGUUGGCGCGAUCGGGAAGCUUGCGGACAUGGCUUAUUUUCGGCGUAACACUGCCUUGAAAGAGUAACGUUGGGU